UUGCUAUCCCGCACCAGGUCGUUACGUGACGCGCAUCAUGGGAUCGUCUCCGAUUCCUUCGUUGGCUGUUAAUGACACUCUUGUCAACUGUCUAAUUAUGAUAAAUUGUGAAUACAAAAGAUUGUCAGUUCGCUUUCAGAUAUGCUGUUGAAGUUCAGGAUUCGAGUCAGAGGUGGUAUGAUGUCCAUCAAGUGGACAAAGUAGUUCCACAGUCUGGAUCUCGUGAGUGUAGAAGCGUGAGUAACACUAGGGUCUCCAGCCGAGUGCCCAACGAAUAAUUGAUGGUACGGGUAUGCCACAGUAAACGAUGCAAGAUAAUAUUGCAAAAAUUCCUGGAGAGAUGGAAGAAAAGUGUAGCACUGUGCAAUCUGGCUUGACGCACCAAUGAUAUGUGUGUUUCCUGACAUGAUCAUGUUGGACCACGCACUUAGCGGCAAGUGUAGUCUGCUGAGGGCUGCGAAACCCAAUCACAUUCUGUCUCUCUGCCAGCGAUGUCAUAUACAUACAUAGAGCUUUUCUCGAUUUCAGCGCUAUAUCUUUCUGCCUUGUAAUCAGGAGUUAAGGUGCCGUACAGGAUUCAAAUUUGAUUACACGGAGCCUCCCUAGACGCAGUGUCACAUUUAUUGUGUGUAAUAAUAAUUAUAAUAAAAUAAUCCACAUCCUUAGAAGAGUAGUGAUGCACGUUGCAAACUGAGCGUGUUGUUGAACAUGGUCACAUCUUUGAUCACCAUGUAACGUGCUCGUACAAGCAAUUUGACCUUAGCACAUGUGCUGUGGACUUCUCAUACAUUCUGCACCACAGGGAAGGAUGUGAACACAGUACAAGGCACAUCCCAAGCGUCCUUUGUCACGGCAGGAAGCUAGAUUCUGAGAAAUGGCUGGUCACUUCCGAUAUUCUGUGUGGGACCCACUUUUAAUCGUGGCACAAAUUCUGACAUUGCAAAGCAUCUUCUACCUGGGUCUUGGUUUCUGGAUAUGCUUUUUUGACACUGUCACUGGACAGUUCCUGUCAUUAGACCAGGUCUUUGCAUAUGAGGCAAUACACAUGAGAGACAUGCGAGGAAGAUGCGUUCUGGGAUCGUACAUCAUAAAUUCCCUCCUUGGCUCUGUGGGGCUAUGGUACUUUGUUCAAAGGACGAAGCAGUGCCUGGAUUUCUCGAGCACAGUCCACUUCUUCCACUUACUCACCUGCUGGGCCUAUAAUGGUGCUUUCCCCCACACUCUGUCAUGGUGGCUGCUGAACAUGGUGUGUGUGACUGUAAUGUGUGUUUGUGGAGAGUUCCUGUGCAUACGGACAGAGAUGAAAGCCAUUCCAUUGAGCCUGGGUCCUAAGGCAGACUUAUGAUAGAGCAAGCCACCUUGCUCAUUUAUUUAUUGUGCACUCGAGAUGAGUCAUAUUCUAUAGCUUUGUGCACACUAGCGUGCAAGCAUUAUGCAGAAAUUUGCAUAAUUGUAAUAUUUAUUUGUGCGUCUUGAUUGCAUAGAAGUGUUGCUUUACAUUCAAGACACAUGGCCAUAUAUUAGAGCUACAUCAAUUGUGAAUAAAUGAAGUAUAAGACA